GUCUUGGUUUCCACGUAAUGCUUUGUUCGUGAGCGCACGUCUCGUUUCAUGCAUACGAGCCGUCGCCAUACGGCACUUGUUCAUACUACUCUUACUUGAUCAACAUCUGCUGUCGACUCGACUCAAUCUCGGCAGUCGACGACCGCGUAUGCUCAUGUGCGACCUCGAGUACAGUAGUAGAACAGCGUCCACGCGCAACGAGCCGUUAUGAGGCCACCAAUAACACGACAUCUCGUCCUCUUCGCCACAACACUGCUGCUGCUUCCAUGCCUUUCGCUAUGCCGUGAGAGUGUCGUCUGGGCACGAUUCGACAACGACUCUCUUGCCGACGCGCUUUCACGGGCGCCGUCAUGUGCCACGAAAUGCCUCGAGGCCGCCCUCGCGGACACGGCCUGCUCCGAUGCCCAAUGUCUCUGCUCCCAUGAGGACAUGGAGGACGCCACCACGAGCUGCGUGCUCGGGGCGUGCAAUCGACCCGACGCCUUCAAGACCAAGAACCUCACCGAGACGGCGUGCGCGCGUCCACGCCGCGACGCGUCCACCCGCUACGACGUCAUGAACAUCACCAUGGGCACCAUCACGACGCUCGUCGUCGUGGCGCGCAUCGUCUUCAAGCGCGCCUUUAGCCACCGCCGCGCCCUCAGCGCCGACGACUGGGUCAUGCUCGCGGGCAUCGUCCUCGGCGUGCCCACCAUCAUCGUCAACACCCUGGGGCUCACCAGGCACGGGCUCGGCAGGGACGCCUGGACGCUGCCGCCCGAGGAGCUCGCCGACUUCGUGCUCUACUUUUACGUCAUGGAGGUGCUGUACCUGACCCUCAUGGCCAUGGUCAAGCUCGCCCUGUCGCUCUUCUACCUCGGCAUCUUCCCUGGCGUGGGCAUCCGCCGCCUGCUCUGGGGCACGGCCGCGUUCAACGUGGCCGUCGGCAUCUCCGCGGUGGCGGCGGCCAUCUUCCAGUGCACGCCCAUCAGCUACUACUGGACGCAGUGGGUGGCAGACACGCCCGGGACAUGCAUCGACAUCAACCUGGUCGGGUGGGUGCACGGGUCCAUCAACGUCGCCGUGGACAUUUGGCUGCUCGCGAUACCCCUGAGUCAGAUACGCCGGCUUGAGCUGCACUGGAAGAAGAAGGUUGGCGUGGCCAUAAUGUUUCUCACCGGCAUAUUCGCCACCAUCGUCUCGAUCCUCCGGUUCCAGUCCCUCAUCCACUUCGCCAACUCGCUCAACCCGACCUGGGACCAGUGGAACGUCGCCUGGUGGUCCACCAUUGAGAUCAACAUCGGCAUCAUAUGCGCGUGCCUGCCGACGCUGCGCCUGAUGCUCGUGCGGCUCUUCCCGCGGGCCCUGAGCAGCUCCGCCGACUACCACGGCGGCAACGUCACCACCACCACCACCAGCAGCGCCACCGCCAACACGGGCCGCGGCGGCACCGUCGUCGCCCCGCGCGGCAUUCUCGUGCACCAGCACGUCCGCGUCUCGACGUCGACCAUCGACAUCGCCUUGACGGACGACCUGGCCAAGCACAUGAGCGGCAAGUCGUGGGAGAUCAGGACGCAGGGGAGCAGUCGCGCGAGGAGCAGCCAAACGCAGAGCGUGACGGCGGAGUGGGCCAGUGAGCCUACUGAGUUUCUCGAUGCACAUACAUACGGCCGUGCUUUGUGAUCCAAAAAUGGUUUGGGCGGUUCGGUGUUGGCGGCGUUUAGGAGGGGGUUGGGCCAAAAGGCUCGUUGAGUUGCACUGCCAGACUCGUGAGUUGUUGAAAGUUACUGCAC